UCCUAACAUAAAUGCUGUAUUGAAAGCGUCUUUAUAGCCCAUAUCAAAUCCUUCUUGAAACACCGAUUCUUGUCCAUCUUCUAUACCUUCUUUAUAACCAAUCUGGAAGAAAAGAAAUAAUUUGUAAAAUUAUUGAUCUUGAUUUUAAAAAUAUAAAAUAAUAAAAAUAAUUAUUUACAUUAAAAACUUACAGUAGAAGCUGCAGUGAUAAGUCGAUCCCAGUUCUUAUAACCUAUAAAGAGAUCUUCAUCUUCCAGUGCUUGUUUGUUUAAAGAAUCAAUCACAGUAUUCAAAGGAUCUUCCAUUUUAUAUGAUAUUCUCGAAUAAUUUAAUUAAUGAUUAAUUGAUGAUUUGACAAAAAUUAUAAUAUGUUUAUUAUUCGUUUGAAAAGUAUCAUAUAAGUUUCAAUUCAUAAGUAUUGUAUCAGUUCACGUAUUAUUAAUAAGAAGAUCAAAUGGAAACCGAAACAAGUACAUCAGAAGAACGAGACAAGAGUACAUCUAAUGAUCCUAAUGGUCUUGAUACAAUAGAACAAAAGUUAGAAAUGUAACUGAAAGGUGAAGAGAGCUUGUAUUGAAUAAUAUGACAAUAAUUGCUUUGGCACAAGCAAGACCAAAAGGAAUAUCUGACAAAGAUUUGGUGAGUGAAAUUCCAAAUAUACAACCAGCCCAAAGAGCACAGAUUAUAAAUAAGUUAUUAUCUCAAGGAUAUUUCGAUUUGUUUAAACAUGGUGGAUCAUUACUUUAUCGGUUAAAAGAUCCAUCUAAAACAAAAAUUGCUAAGGGUGCUGAUAAUGAAGAGAAAAUUGUAUAUAGUAUAAUUGAAGAAGCUGGGAAUAAAGGAAUAUGGAUUAGAGACAUAAGAUUUAAAUCUAAUCUAAUGCCUAUUCAAUUGAAUAAAAUUCUCAAAAGUUUGGAAACCAAGAAGUUCAUUAAAGCGGUGAAGUCUGUAGCAGCUAGUAAAAAAAAAGUAUACAUGCUCUAUAACUUAGAACCGGAUAGAUCUGUUACUGGUGGUGCAUGGUAUCAAGAUCAAGAUUUCGAAGCAGAGUUUGUAGAUAUUCUUAAUCAACAGUGUUUUCGAUUUUUGGAACAAAAAAGAGAAGAAGCGAAUAAAUGGGACGGCGGACCUAUAGAUGCUAGAAAUAUAGCAUUCGCCUCAUCUAAAGAAGUUUGGAAAUUUAUUUCAGAUUUAGGAAUAAGCAAGGUAAAAUUGUCGGUUGAGGAUUUGGAAAUGAUUUUGAACACUUUGAUAUACGAUGGAAAAGUAGAGAAAACAUUAUCCAGUGAUGGAAGCAAUUUAUAUAGAUCCGUACAACCUUUAUUAACUUCUCCAGGGCUAAUUAAAGUCCCUUGUGGAGUUUGUCCUGUCAGAAAAAAUUGUUGCGAUAUAGGAGAUGUUACACCUACGAAGUGUCAAUACAUCAUGGAGUGGAUGGAUUGAAAAUAUUAUGAGGAUGAUUUCUCGAUAGAUAUAAUAAAAUGCAAGGAUAUCACUUAAAGGACCCACCGAUCAAUUACACACAAUUACUACCUAUAAAAAAAAAUUAGGACAAAAUUAAUAAAAAUAAAUGAAGUAAUUUACUCUCCACGUCUGUACAUAAUUUAUAAAAUAUAAUUUAAACAAGUACAAUUAAGAAUGUAA